GUCUGUGGUAACAAGGGGGCGCAACUGUAGACCAGCUGAUCUGCAUUUGAAUUAAGAAGGGAGGGAGCGAAACAUGUCAAAACAUUUCCUCUUCUUCAAGUCCGAUUAUCCGAUUUUAUUUUGUCACCUUUCAGUGUAAAUCAUUCACCUCAAUCACCUGUAUGUGGAAUGGCUGUGAACGUUUCCUGACGGUAUUCGGAAACACCUGGCAUGAGUUAAUCGCUCUACCUUGAGGACGAAUACUGAAAAACAUAGCUGUUGACCGACAGGACCUGCGUUCCCUCUGCGAGCCGACAGAUAUUAACAGUUCAACAUGGCUAAAAGACGACGCACGACGCAAGAGGAUUUCAGCUUUGUCAGCCCUGUUGUAAAAUACUUGCUUUUUAUUUUUAACUUUAUAUUUUGGGUGAUUGCAGUGGUGAUGGUGUCAAUUGGCAUUUAUGCAAGAGCAAUGAAGCAUGCCGAAGCGGCCCUGUCCUACCUCUCUGUGGACCCUGCCAUCCUGCUGAUGGUGGCGGGGGUGCUGAUGUUCCUCAUCACGUUCUGCGGGUGCGUGGGCUCUCUGCGCGAGAACAUCUGCCUGCUGCAGACGUUCUGCGUCUGCCUCACCAUCGUCUUCCUCCUGCAGCUGGCUGCGGGGAUCCUGGGCUUCAUCUUCUCUGAUAAGGCACGGGGUAAAGUGACCGAGCACAUCAACAAGGCCAUCGUUCACUACAGGGAUGACCUGGACCUGCAGAACCUCAUAGAUUUCGGUCAGAAAGAGUUCAGCUGCUGUGGGGGGAUCAUCUACACGGAGUGGUCUCAGAACGUGUACUUUAACUGCACAGAGGAGAACCCCAGCCGGGAGCGGUGCUCUGUGCCCUACUCCUGCUGCCUGCAGUCCAAAGACCAGAGCGUGAUAAACACCAUGUGUGGCCAUGGUAUACAGCAGCUGGACUACCAGAAGGCGGGCGCGUUCAUCCACACCAGCGGCUGCAUCGACACGCUCGUCAACUGGAUCCACAGCAACCUCUUCCUGCUGGGUGGGGUCGCCCUGGGGCUCGCCAUCCCACAGCUCGUGGGAAUGCUUCUGUCCCAGAUUCUGAUCAACCAGAUCAGGGACCAGAUCGAACUGCAGGACUACAACCACCUGCACCGCUCAGACCCAUGGAACUGACCCCCCCCCCCCCCUGACCGGGCCCUCGGAGGUCGGGGGUGAGGGGUCACGGACAGCAGUGACCACGGUGACCAGGGCCCCACGUGCCGCUCCACUGUCCUGUGCAUGGGGUGGUAUCUGAAGAUAAAGGAGUCCCAAUGAAUUUCGUCUCAUUUUGACGGCUGAAUUCCCGCUGGAUCAGGCCAGGCCCCCUGUGUACUAGCGUUUCUUUUUAUUUUUUUGUUUUUGUUUUUGUUUUUGUUUUUGCAUUCCACUCCCCACCAAACGGAACGGAUGCUUAGGAUUCUUAAACGCAAACCGUU